AUGGUCAUGCCAACAGAUGUUGCAGCUAAAAGGCCCUCGCUGUUGCGUUCAGCUCUUUCCUACCUGGAUGAGGCCUCUCGGAAGGAUCAGCCGGUGUAUAACUAUGCUAUGCUCUUCUAUGUCUUCCGGGUAUGUGGGAAUGUGGAGCGUGCCAACGCCAUGCAUGAAAAGCUGAAGUCUUUGGCCAUUGAUGAAGGUGACUCUAUUCACUGGGAGCGCACAGUCCUACCAAAGCAGCAAACUCCAUACCUGUUCCCUCCUCGUGCCCCAUCAGCAGAGUUGGAGAUAACAGCCAUUGUGCUUAAGGCUCUGGCUUACGGGGAGAAUAGUUCUACAGUAUCUGCAGAGAACCUGAACAACAUGGCCAAGAUCAGCACCUAUCUUGUUCGACAGCAGAAUAUACAUGGCUCUUAUCGUACCACAUCGGACACAGUGACGGUGCUGGAAGCCCUCUGUCUUUAUGGAGCCCUUGUGCACCAAAAAGAUGCCACAAACACUGUUCAGCUGAAAUCUGGAGGUCAGCUCAUCAGAGAAUUCAAUGUUGACCAAUCCAGCAGAAUCCUCCUCCAGUCUGAGGCUCUUCCUCAGGUUCCUGGAGACUACAACAUGGUGGUGUCUGGGAAUGGCUGUGUACUGCUGCAGACUGGAGUUAAAUUCAAUGUGCCAGCGAGUCAGGAAAAUGGUGCCUUUUCACUGGGAUUGACCACAUUCCCAGAAGAUUGUCAGAAUGGAGUGGCGUAUACUGUUAAUAUUCAGGUCACCGGCAGCUAUCAUGGUAUUCAGGACAAGUCCAACAUGGCUGUGAUGGAGAUCCCUCUCCUAUCUGGAUAUUCCAUGAGUUACAAUUCUCUUUCGAAGCUGCAAUCGAAAUUUCCCAAAGCUGAAGUGAAGAACGGACAUCUCGUUGUGUAUUUUAAUGAUGUAAGUCCUCCCCUGUAG